GUGCUAGUGUUUGACAACAUGAUUCUAGAACUGUAAGCUUGUACUUUUGUCUUCGUGUUUAAACGGACAAGAAUCAGCUACUUCUGGCCAACAGAUUGUAUUCUUUAAAGAAAUAUUUAAUUCUUUCAACACGAAGUUACAUGAAAAGCUUACACCGGUAUGUCAAAAACUCGUUGAAUUUUAAAAUCAAUACUAAUCUAUAUUUCAAUAAAGGAGUUGAAAAACGACCUCAUUAAUUCAAUAGGGCCUUAUAUAAUAGGUCAUGGGUAGGCCUAAACGAGUUUUAAUGACAUGGACUCAAAACCCCAAUAGACUCCCACUGCCAAGUAGGGGAGUUCACUAAUAAUUCUUCUGGCACUGGAUAUAAAUGAUUGAUUUACGCGUGGUGUGUGUUUGAGAGAUUAUUAAGUUAGUGAACGCACUUCCCGGGCUUGACUUGGUGACGUAUUUUUAUGCUUAUUAUGACGUAUUGUCUAGUCUGUUGUGUGACGUACGUUUUAGCCGUCUGACAGUCUUGAAAGGAACUGUGUGUGAAAGAAGGAUGUGUUUGAUUUCUGUCUGAUAGCGUGCUGCGCUAGAUACAUGUGUUUAUGGAAUUGACAGUCUGUGAAUUACAUUAGAUAUUCAAGUUUCAUGUCUUAUGAUAAAGGACUUGAGUUGAUUCGGGGCUAGUUCGACGUAUUGCAACGCGUGGAAGAAGUCGAUGGGUAAACCAAUGGAGUACACACAAAAGAGUUUGAAACCCAGGAUACCUACAGACGGCACGGCACAGACGGCACUCCACAGACGGCACGGCACAGAUGGCACGCCACAGACGGCGCGGCACAGAUGGCACGCCACAGACAGCAUGGCACAGACGGCACGGCACAGAUGGCACGCCACAGACAGCAUGGCACAGACGGCACGCCACAGACGGCACGGAACAGAUGGCACGCAACAGACGGCACGGCACAGACGGCACGGCACAGACGGCACGCCACAGACAGCAUGGCACAGACGGCACGGCACAGAUGGCACGCCACAGACAGCAUGGCACAGACGGCACGCCACAGACGGCACGGUACAGAUGGCACGCAACAGACGGCACGGCACAGAUGGCACGGCACAGAUGGCAAGCCACAGACAGUACGGCACAGACAGUACGGCACGGCGCGUACGGCAUGUUGAUGUUAUUCAUCACGACUGACAGGCAGGUUGUUUGAAUAUCAUUCAAAAAGUCGAACGUCUCAAUAAAUAACCCCCCCCCCCCCAAGCCAUCAUCCCAAGAACACUGGACCAACUUCAGCGGAAUAAUGUGUGUAAUGUGCAGGCAGUGUGUAGAGUGUAGGUUAUAGUGUGUAGAGUGUAGUGUAUAGUGUGUAAGAGUGUAGAGUGUAGUAUAGACAGAGCGUGUAAUUGUGUAGUCUUAUUUUUGUCUGAUAAAAUUUAAAGACAUUUUCUUAGUUCACAAAUGUUGCUUUUUGUCUUCAACAAUUCAAUGACAUUUUGUUGUUGCCUUUCAUCGUCAUCUGACAGAGGUUGUUUUGUUGGACGUUUGAUAUCUGACAGAGCUUGUUUUGCUGGACGUUCGAUAUCUGACAGAGGUUGUUUUGCUGGACGUUCGAUAUCUGACAGAGGUUGUUUUGCUGGACGUUCGAUAUCUGACAGAGCUUGUUUUGCUGGACGUUCGAUAUCUGACAGAGCUUGUUUUGCUGGACGUUCGAUAUCUGACAGAGGUUGUUUUGCUGGACGUUCGAUAUCUGACAGAGCUUGUUUUGCUGGACGUUUAAAAUGAACUAGGUUUGGUUUAUUUUAAGCUAACUACUAAUUUUUUUUUUGUUAUGUUUUGGUGGAGUGGGGUAGAUUUGUGUCAUGCUGGAUGAAAUCAGGAGCUGUCUUAGGAUCCUCAUUUAUUGAAUCAACAUUCACAAUUCCCUGUGUAUGACGUUCUAAAAAUAGCGCAAGUGCGUUUGGACUUGGUGCGUAGUAUUGUAUUUAGUUUGACGGGGGAAGUAUUCCCACUUUAACUUUAAAUAUGGUGGUAGAGAUGUGUGUGUGUGUGGCGUCAAAGUCGGUGACGUAUUAGAAUCUUAAACACAGUUCAAGGGCGUGACAAAAUGUGUGCUUUAAUGUACCAGGGGAAAAAAAAUGGGGGGGGGGUGGGGGUGGGGGUGGGAGGAGCACUAAUUGGGUUGUGUAUCAAGUGCGUUCCUCCAAUGGAUGUGUUUUCUCCCAAGUCCAUUGAUCAGAGGGGGGGGGGGGGGGGGGGGGGGGGGGGGGGGGGGGGGGGGUGGGAGGAGCACUAAUUGGGUUGUGUAUCAAGUGCGUUCCUCCAAUGGAUGUGUUUUCUCACAAGUCCAUUGAUCAGAUGGGACGUUCGAGCAUGGCACGCGCCAUUGUUUGUGCGCCAGGAUACAGCCAACCUUGAUAACAUUAACAGAUACACUAUAAUGUACUAUAGUACACAAGUAGGUCAAAGGCAUGAGAUUAUUGUGACGCACUUACGCAUACUCGAACGCGUAAACUAUCUUAUUCGCAAAAAGAAGUACAUUUUUUUUUAAACUUAAGAAGAAAAAAAUUGCACGACAGGCCGAUUUUGUCACACCCUCGGUACUCCUCGGUACUCCUCUGCCACACCCUCGGUACUCUUCUGCCACACCCUUGGUACUCCUCUGCCACACCCUCGGUACUCCUCUGCCACAUCCUCGGUACCAAUCUGCCACACCCUCGGUACGCCUCUGCCACUUCCUCUGUACUCCUCUGCCACACCCUCGGUACGCCUCUGCCACACCCUCGGUACGCCUCUUCCACACCCUCGGUACGCCUCUGACACACCCUUGGUACGCCUCUGCCACACCCUCGGUACUCCUCUGCCACACCCUCGGUACGCCUCUGCCACACCCUCGGUACUCCUCUGCCACACCCUCGGUACGCCUCUGCCACACCCUCGUUACGCCUCUGCCACACCCUCGGUACGCCUCUGCCACACUCUCGGUACGCCUCUGCCACACCCUCGGUACUCCUCUGCCACACCCUCGGUACGCCUCUGCCAUGCCCUCGGUACGUCUCUGCCACACCCUCGGUACGCCUCUGCUACACCCUCAGUACGCCUGUGCGUAAAAAAAAACCAACAAGAUCUCUUACAUUGUAAUUUCUCAUGUUCUUAUCAACAAACUCUGACAGCAUUGUAUGGGACAAUUGAGCUAAUCAUGGGAUUCUUUGAUCUGUUUCAGCAUUCUUCAUCUCCUUUAGGCUGGUGGUUCACAAGUCAUUGUGAUGUUGGACCAAAUCGAAAUCGCCCAUUUACAGUAGUCGCCACGUGAUAAUCGAUCAUCAACGAUGCUUUUGAUAAACGCUUUGAUGUAUGAGUCGAUAUUUAUUGUUCAAACUCGGAACUAACCGCCCAGGAAACAAAGACAGGAAAAAGGCGUAAGCUUGGAUCACUAUGGGUAAGAGCGUAGCAAAUUUGACUCUGACCGAAAAGCUGCACCGGCAUUACGACAGCCGCAACUUCCAGCCCCAAGACUCGUCAAUGACAUGCUUUGCGGUGUCGGUCGUGUGGGUGAACACGCUGAGUCUAGCCGCCGAGGGCCUCCUGGUGCUCUUGCCAUCUCACCACCUGAGCGGUGACCAACGGAGCGGCGGGGACACGGAAGCCGGCGGCCGAGCCGUGCCCGCGGGCUACAGGUGGGCCCAGGCGGCCGUGGUGUGGCUUUUAGCCGAGACCGUGUGUCAGUGGUGGUUCUUACGUGACGGCUCGCGGAAUAUCGUCCCGAGAGCAAGGGGGCCACCAGAUGGUAGCGGGGCACCAGAUGGUAGCGGGGCACCAGAUGGUAAUGGGGCGCCAGGAGGCAACGGGGCACCAAAAGGUAACUAUUUUAUUUAGAUAUAUUAUAGUAAUAUACGUGGUAUAUCCAAUGUUGUUUCGUCUGUCGAAUCUACAGUACCCAUUUAGUAUUGGGGGCUGAUUCUCCCUGUGAUAGCACGGAUGGCUGAUGUGAGCGCUUCUGGAACGAAAUGCUGUUGUGCAUGGGGAUGGAUGGGAACACAUCUCCAGAUACAGUAGUGUCCCCGGCAAUCAGUACCAGGGUUGUCUUUUCGUGAUCAGCAGCAGCUGUUCUACUUGCGCCCCAAUCUGAAUAACCGUGAUCAUGACGUCAUCAAUAGCCCGAUUGGUUCUAGUGUUAACAUUUUGAAUUGCAUUUCUCUUUUUCUACUACAGUUAAACACGUAAUCAUGCUACAGUUAAACACGUAAUCGUGCUACAGUUAAACACGUAAUCGUGCUACAGUUAAACACGUAAUCGUGCUACAGUUAAACACGUAAUCGUGCUACAGUUAAACAUAGAAUCGUGCUACAGUUAAACACGUAAUCAUGCUACAGUUAAACACCUAAACGUAACUCCUAGUUUAAAAAAACACCACCACAUUUUUUGUGUGUGCAUUAUUUGACCCCUAGGCUGGAGACGCUGUUCUGUGUGCCAGAUGGACGCCCCUCCCCGCUCUCACCACUGCUCCAUCUGUCAGCACUGCGUCCUAAAGCGCGACCACCACUGCUACUUCUCCGGUUCCUGCGUCGGACUGCACAACCAGCGCCAUUUUAUCUAUUUUCUGAUGUACGUCGUCAUGGCGAGCACCUAUGCUGUGUACAUGCAGACCGCCUUCUUACUACGUAAGGUAAAAUGGGGAACAGUUUAAUGGAAAAAAAUAAUAAAUUCGCUCUCUUAAUGUCGCUAAUGAAUUCCAAAUGUACACCAAUGAGCCAAUUCCAAAUGUACACAAAUGAGCCAAUUCCAAAUGUAAACAAAUGAGUCAAUUCCAUAUCGACAUAAAUUAGCCGAUUCCACACUUACAUAAAUGAGCCUAUUUCACAUGUACACAAAUGAGACAAUGCCAAAUGUACAUACAUGAGCCAAUUCCUAAUGUACACAAAAAAUCCAAUUCGAAAUGUACACACAUGAGCCAAUUCCAAAUGUACAUACAUGAGUCAGUUCCAAACGUACACACAUGAGCCAAGCUGUGUUGUCUUAAUUGUUUCUGCUGGUGGAGGCAUUAAGCCGAUACGUCCGCUGUUUUGUUUCGUCUUUUGUUUUCCUUCUUCGAGUUUUCCCCCUACCCUGUGUUUUUUUUUUUAAUUCUUAUUGAUUCCAACUGAAGGCAGUCCUUCCCAUAGUAUUAAAAUUGUAAGGCUUUCCCCAAACCCAGUGGCGUCUACACGAAAAAAAAUUGGGGGGGGGUGGGGGCAGCUGCUUUUAAUCUGAGUUGGGGGUGUGUGAUAACAUUGUAUGGAAAGACACGUGUUUUUACCACCCAAAAACCGUGUCCCGCCCCGGGGGGGGGCACCUACCCUAACUACGCCACUGCAUGAGGCUAGGGAAAGGGAAACACUAAUGGCAGUGUUCAACUUAUGAUAAGAGUUUUGACGGUAAGAAAUCAUCUGUUAUCUCUCGUCCCUUUCUUUUUCUUCCAGGAAGAUGCCUCCUAUUUGUUCCCGCCCGUCGCCAUGUUGAAAAUGUUGACGGCCCAGACGACAGUGCUGAGCUUCGUGAUCAUGCUCCACCUCUACCUCAGUGUCAUCUCAGCGUGCGCCGCGCUGGGCUUCAUGGGCUGGCAGCUCAACAUCAUAUCCAAGGGGCAGACGUCCUACGAGGCCAUGAAAGGGCUGUCCAAAUAUCGAAUGAGAACCGCGUACGCCAACUUCCGGUGUGUUUUCGGGUCACCGCUUCAAUGUUGUGCGGCGUUCGUGUUGCCUGUCCGUCCCGCACUUCCGGACAAUGGCUUGGACUGGACAGAGUAACGAUGAGUGGGUUACUAAGUUACCUUUAAGCUGUACAGAAAUCAAACAACGAACAAUGACUGUUUUGUUUUUAAAAAGGCCAUUAAUAUAUUUUAACAAAGAGGGAUGUGCCCCAGGGGCGUUUAUCUUUAAAAUUAAUUUUAAAGACGCCCUUAUCACAUCCCUACUGCCCCUCACCGCCCCCACCCCACAAAAAGAUGUUAUUACUUUUUUUAAAAAAUUAAAUAAAUACUAGAGUCUAAUAAUAAAACUUAACCUGUUCACAUAAAUGUUCAGAAUGGUAGUUUUGAGCAAAUGUCUAACUUAAGGCCGAUUGCAGCACCAUGAAAUGAACAAGUGUAACAUAUAUUUUAAAGAUUGUGCAAAUAGAGUCAAGUAUCUAGCUCCUAGGCUCUGAUGACAACAACUUUUAACGUAGGUUCAUUCUAUAAAUCUAGACUUUGAAACACAAAGUUUAAUAGUAUGGAUUUCGUUUCUUCACUGUUCAAAUUCAUGUGCUGUUUAAAUUCAUGUGCUGUUUAAAUUCAUGUGAUGUUUAAAUUCAUGU